CAUUGGGUAGCUGGCACUCAGCUUCCGAUUGCUACAAGAUUUUCCCCGGGAUAACACUUGUAUAAAUAUGCAGCGCGGAGUAUGUCUCACACACACACUUCUCCACACAUGGUGUUGCAGGUCUCCCCUUAGCCGGCAGUAAUAGAGAGAGAGAGAGACAGGAGAAAGGUGAGCAAUCCCUUGCAGCAAUGCUUCCCAGGCUAGCUGUCCUCGCUGUUCUGCUCAGUGCAUGGACAGCUGCUGAUGAACUGGCCUCGCUCAUGGAGGAGAAGAACACCUCCCUGACAUCCAGGAGGAUGAGACUGACUGCACAAAAUUCAGCUGAGAUAAUCCGGUGCCUGAACAAUGCACUCCACGUGGGCUGUGGUGCAUUUGCCUGUCUGGAGAAUUCGACCUGUGACACCGAUGGAAUGUACGAUAUCUGUAGGUCCUUCCUGUUCAGCGCUGCCAAGUUUGACACUCAGGGAAAAGCCUUUGUCAAGGACAGUUUGAAGUGCAUUGUUAAUGGCAUCACCUCCAAGGCCUUCUUCACCAUCCGGAGGUGCUCGGCCUUUCAGAAGAUGAUUGCAGAUAUUCAGGAGGAGUGUUAUAAGAAGCUGGACAUCUGUACAAUGGCAAAACACAACACAGCAGCAAUCGCAGAAGUCAUCCAUCUCCCGGACUAUUUCAAGAACAGAUAUUACAAUAAGCUGCUGAGGACACUGCUGGACUGCGAUGAGAGGACAGUGAGCAGAAUUAGGGAGAAAGUGAUGGCGAACCUGGACUCGCACUUGUCUGGUUUCAUCCACCUGCUACAGAGUGACCACUGCCUGUCCUCACCGCCGCACAGCGCCACCCGUAAUAAACGCUCUGCUACUGAAUCCCAGAAACUGCAGCUCUUCCUCCGAAACUCCAAGGCAACGAGCCGCCUGGCCUCGGAGCUCCCAUUGAGUGAGAACAAAUGAUAUCGGAGCUGGGGUGGGGGUGGAGAGCUAAAGAAGCGGGGAGAGAGAGAGAGAGAGAGAGAGGAGGCCUCGACCCCAUCCACAGCACCAAGGUGUCUUCAGUGAAUCCGGUCCAGCACAUUUCUUGGCAGUUGACACGGAGCAAGUGCCCACAUCCAGCUCAGCCCAGCAAAAACCAAAUGGUGACAAGUGUGUGAACUCUUUAAAGUGGCAAUGCCAGUGCAUCUACCUUUCCUUCAUCUUGUGAAAACACAAUCCAAACUCAAGUCAGGUCAUAUCUUAUCCAGGUCAAGCACCAGCCUUAACAUGUCUGAAUGCCCCUAGGAACUCCCUCUGUCAUUUCUCUGGUAGGUUUUUGUUUGUUCACAAUGUGCUCGGCCAGCAUUUAUUACCCAUCCCUGAUUGCCCAGAGAGCAGCUGAGAGUCAACCACACUGCAGUGGCUCUGAAGUCACAUGUAGGCCAGACUCAGUAAGGACAGGCAGCUCUCCUUCCCUGAAGCAGACUAGUGACCUUCACUUUGUGAAGUGUUGCUGUUCUGCCUAUAUCAGAAUGGCAGAGAGAGGGAGAGAGAAGAUCAAACCAAGACCAAAGAGCCGUCAUGGUGAGAAUGAGUGUCUUCAUUCAGAUUUGAUUCAGGUCUCUGCCUGAACCACAGGCACAGAGACAUCAGUUAUACAACUCAACUCCCCAGCAUCACCAAGAGUUCCCCACCCCAACCCUACCCAAGAGGUGAAGAAAAGCCCCCACUGGGAAUAGUGAGUGUGCUGGAAAAAGUCACUUAUGUCUACGGGGGAGGGGUGGGGGGAGACAAUAUGUCAGCACUGAGACCUCUGAUCACAGCUGGUGAAGGGGAGAAAUGGAACAAGAGCUGGCUGGCAAAGAGACCCAAGGAUCUGUUCCAUAAAGCACUGUACUGCCUCUGGAUCCACACUGAGUUCAACCAUUUCAGUCCAGUAACUCUGCCUCCCAUUGACGUCACUGGGUUAGCUUCCUUUUCUGAGAGAGAGAGCAGUCAGCCUAUGUUACGUACUUAUCCCAUCUCCAGUCCCCUGGCAUCCUGUGCUUUGCCCUGUCCGUGGCCAGCCCUUCGCUCCAAGCCUACUAGAUUUCUCACCUUUUGGUGAGAGGUCACAAAGCUGAAAUGUUCAUUCCGUGUUCCCAUCUCUACACAGAUCCUAACAAGAAGAAAAUCCAGCCCCUUUCUGCUGACUAUCUCAAUCCAAUUCAUCAAAUCAGGACAGACCAAGGCCCCUUCUGCCCAUCAGGCCUGUUCUGGCUGGAUGAAAGAUGUCUUCAAUAGGUCCCCAUUAUAACCAGGCAUUAGUAUGACCCUGAGUAUGAUGCUGUUGUCAGUUGCAGUUCCUCAGUUACAGCUCAGUAGGGAGAAUUCCCACCUCUUAGGACCAACCAGGACCGGCUUUCAGGCACAAUACAGAGGGAGCUGGCUUUCAGAGCAUGCCCCAUCUGCCUGCUCCACUGAAUGUGAACAAUCGCACAACAGUAUCCCAAAGGAAAACAGAAGAUCUUAACCACGGUCUCCUAACUAACAGCUAGGCCUCAGUUGACAUCCCAAGGUCAUUGUCACAUUCUCACUCGGAAGAGGUAUUGACAGAAGAGGGAUAUGGCUGUGGUCUCUGGCUCCCAGUUCAGAAAUGUUCACUCUGUGGGUAACAUAGAGAUUGUUUUUCUGACCCACCUAUUUGGAGAUAUUAUGAUACACUUCUGGAGGGGACUGGGGACUUUAGAACAUGGAACAUUACAGCGCAGUACAGGCCCUUCGGCCCUCGAUGUUGCGCCGCUCUGUCAUACUAAUCUGAAGCCUAUCCCACCUACACUAUUCCAUGUACGUCCAUAUGCCUGUCCAAUAACGACUUAAAUGCACUUAAACUUGGUGAAUCUACUACCGAUGCAGGCAAAGCAUCCCAUACCCUUACUACUCUCUGAGUAAAGAAACUACCUCUGACAUCUGUCCUAUACCUAUCUCCCCUCACUUUAAAGUUGUGUCCCCUUGUGUUUGCUGUCCCCAUACUUGGAAAAAGGCUCUCCCUGUCCACCCUAUCUAACCCUCUGAUUAUCUUGUAUGUCUCUAUUAAGUCACCUCUCAACCUUCUUCUCUCUAACGAGAGCAGCCUAAAGGCCCUCAGCCUUUCCUCGUAAGACCUUCCCUCCAUACCAGGCAACAUCCUAGUAAAUCUCCUCUGCACCCUUUCCAAAGCUCCCACAUCCUUCUGAUAAUGCAGUGACCAGAACUGUACACAAUACUCCAAGUGUGGCCAUACCAGAGCUUUGUACAGCUGCAUCAUAACCUCCUGGUUCCGGAACUCAAUCCCUCUAUUAAUAAAGGCCAAAACACUAUAUGCCUUCUUAACAACCCCGUCAACCUGGGUGGCAACUUUCAGGGAUCUGUGUACAUGGACAUCGAGAUCUCUCUGCUUAUCUACACUACCAAGAAUCUUACCAUUAGCCCAGUAUUUUGCAUUCCGAUUACUCCGUCCAAAGUGUAUCACCUCACACUUGUCCACAUUAAACUCCAUUUUCCACCUCUCAGCCCAGCUCUGCAUCCUAUCUAUGUCUCUCUGCAACCUACUACAUCCUUCGUCACAAUCCACAACUCCACCGACCUUAGUGUCGUCUGCAAAUUUACUAACCUACCCUUCUAAGCCCUCAUCCAGAUCAUUUAUUAAAAUGACAAACAGCAGUGGACCCAACACCAACCCUUGCAGUAUACGUCGCUAAUAACUCGACACCAAGAUGAACAUGUUCCAUCAACUACAACCCUCUGUUUUAUUUCAGUAAGCCAAUUACUGAUCCAAACUGCUAUGACUCCCACAAUCCCAUUUCCUCCACAUUUUUUAUAAUAGCUUACUGUGGGAACCUUAUCGAACGCCUUGCUGAAAUCCAUAUACACCACAUCAACCGGUUUACUCUCAUCUACCUGUUUGGUUACUUUGACUUGAAUCUGGGUCUUCUAUCUCAGAGGGAGGGAACCUAUCAUUGAGCCAUACAUCAUGGAAACAGAUCCUUCGGUCCAACCAGUCCAUGCCAAACAUAAUCCCACACUAAAUUCCUUCCACCUGCCUGCUCCUGGCCCAUAUCCUUCCAAACCUCUCCUAUUCACAGACUUAUCCAAAUGUCUUUCAAAUGUUGUUACUGUACCUGCACCCACCACUUCCUCAGAAAGUUCAUUCCACAUGCAAACAAUCCUCUGUGUGAAACAUUUGCCCCUCUUUUAUUUUUUGGAUCUCUCUUUCUCCUCUCACCUUAGAAAUGUGCUCACCCUCCAAAGGUCCUUGACAUAGAAAAAGGCAUCACCCGAGUCCCACUGCCCCAAUCCUCACGGACAGUCGAAGAGGGGGAGAGAUAAGACAUUUGAUUUUAAAAUGCUGAAAGACCACGCCAAACGAAGCUCACUGAACUCAUCAAGUGUCCACCCAGUGAGAUCUUCGUUGCUCUAGAACUGAACUCCAAAGGAUCCAGCAUCCCAGAGAUGAACAAACAAAGGUCAGCCGAUCUCUGAUGGAUCAGGAGUAAUGCGUGCAGCAUUUAAUACCCAGUCCCAAACUUCUGCCACUCCUUUUCCAUGUGCAAACAUUUUCAUUGCUGAGAGACCUGACCUUAUUUGUAGAUUGUCCUCCCAAGAGUUUUGAAAAGAGCUUCCUCAAUAUCAAAAACUUAGAUUAAAAAAAAGCCCACACCUAACCUCCUCAACACCCAGGGAAGGGAUCUGCUGUCUGUGUAAUCUGUCCUUUGUGAUUGAACCCUUGGCAGUGUGGGUAUCAUUGCAGUAAUCCAGGCUGGAUUCCACACCGUCCCCAGACAAACCUCCUUUCUCCAUCAAGUGUCACGUGGCUAGCUGGAACAAAGGGACAAAGGUGGGUGGCUUUGCGAAACACUGAGAAGGUUACUUAUCAGCUCACUGACCACAAAAGCCAAGUCGCAAAGCAGUUUGGAACCAAUGGCCGAAUGUGAGUCACUGUCAGUCCCCAUCUUCUGGCCCGCUGUUCCACUGGUAGGAGCUUUACUGAGGGGUGGAGGGAGCCUGGGGUCUGGAGAGGAGGACUGGUGCAUAUUCUUGAUGAAAAUAAAAAGACAGUGGUUUGGUUGACCAUUUGUGCUGCAGUUACUCCAGUCAGCUCACCAAUAAAUAUGACCAAAUGCCAGGGAACCACAGAGGAGCCAUUCACAGUCAGGCUCACUGGCCCAACUUAACCAUGGGCAAGAUGCCAGCACCGCACCACCUAACCUCCUAUUUCAAUACAGCAGGAGGGAAAGUCAGAGCGUGACUCCCUUCCCCGUCCCCUCCCCCUUGUUUCCCUCCGCCAACAAAGCUGGCAAUGAUGGAUGACCUUGCCCUUCCCAAUCACUGAGACACCAACGUUGUCUGGUGGACUGCUGACAUGGUUCUCUAAUCGUGCGUGAUUUAUUUCUCUUUCCAGCGGCUCUCACCGAGUCCUCGGUGUUUCUCCUCAUGCCUUGAUUCCUGAUGCAGCCGCUGCACCAUAUCUCCCCCUGGGUCAGUGUUUGCAUCCUGAAGACUUCCUGAAUGUUGUCAGCUUUUGGAACUUUGUGACUUCAACACAAAGAGAAGGUUCUCAUGACUACAGUUCAUUCCUAUGGCAAAUAAAGUUGUGAUGACUAA